AUGCAAGCUACAAGCAAUCUUCUAUUGGUUGGAAUUGCCCUGAUCUUGGGAUCGCUGCUUGUUUUCCAACAGCGGAGGCGUCAGAGGCCAGCGACUCCUCUUCCUCCUGGGCCUCGCCCACUGUCACUGCUUGGGAACAUCUAUGAUCUGCCGACCGGCAAAAUCCCAGAAUAUAAGCAUUGGCUGAAUCACAGAGAAAAAUAUGGCCCGCUCACUUCUGUGACUGUGUUGGGGCAAUCCAUUGUCACCCUUAAUGAUAAACAAAUCGCUAUCGACAUAUUGGACAAGAAGUCUCUCAAAACAUCUUCCAGGCCUUGGCUUGAGUUCGCUUUCGGAUUAUGCGGCUUCGGAAACUACACAAGUUCGCUCCCAUACAGUGAGAAUUUCCGACUUGAUCGAAAGCUUAUGCACCAACAUGUGGGCACAAAAACCACAGUUGAAGGAUUCCGAGAGGCCCAGCAAUUUGAAGUCUCACGAAUGCUUCGACUCAUAUUGGAUGAACCCGGCAAGUUGCUCGAUCACCUAGAGCUUGUAACCGGCUCAUCGAUCAUCAAAGUGACGUACGGAUAUUCUAUCGAUACGGCUCGUCGUGACCCAGUUCUGGACCUUGUCACUCGCAUGAUGGCAAACUUCAAUAAGAUAGCAGGACCUGGGAUCUGGAUGGUUGAUAUCGCGCCUGCUCUGAAGUACCUGCCUAACUGGUUUCCUGGGGCUGGUUUCAAGCGAGCAGCUCGCAUUUGGAAACGUGAGGUUCUAGCAGCAGCGGAGAAGCCCUUCCAGUUCGUACAACGGCAGAUGGAAAACAACCGGCACAGAAAAUCAUAUGUCUCCAACGCAUUAGAACAUGCCAAAGACCCGGAGGAUCCUGCGUUUCAAUCUAGAGUCAUGUUCUCGGCCGCAUCAUUAUAUGGAGGUGGUUCAGAUACUACGGUCUCGACUUUGAGCUUCUUUUACCUUGCUAUGAUCCUGUAUCCGAAAGUGCUUCAAAAGGCGCACGAAGAGAUUGAAAGAGUUGUCGGCCCCGACAGGCUUCCGAGCUUCGAUGACCGCACUAAUUUGCCUUAUGUGGAUGGUAUCGUUAAAGAGAUGUAUCGGUGGCAGCCAGUCGUCCCAUUGGGCCUGCCGCACCGAAGCGAUGAAGAUUUGAUAUAUAGGGGGUAUCUGAUCCCAGAAGGAGCUCUUAUACAGGCGAACCUUCGAUUAUUCGCCCAGGACCCGAACGUUUACCACGACCCUACAUAUUUCAAACCGGAGAGGUAUGACGCCCCGUACAAUGAGCCCGACCCCAAAGAAUUCGUUUUUGGUUUCGGGCGGAGGAUUUGCCCUGGCAAGAACUUUGCCGAUUCCUUUCUUUUCCUUGCGAUUGCACAGAGUCUAGCUGCGUUUCAGAUCAGCAAGGAAGUCGAUUCAGAAGGGCAUGAGGUUGAACCGUCGCUCAACGUUCUCCCAGGCGUCAUCUCCCGCCCGGCUGAAUUUCCUUUCCGUAUCAGUCCUAGAACCGAGAAGUGCAGGGAGCUAAUUAUGGCCGGUGAAAAGAUGGAGACUUUUGAGGGGAGCGAUGCUGAGCUUUUCGAACGCUAUGGGUUGGGUUCCGAAGGCUCUGUGGGGAAAUAG